AUGAGUUUCUUGUCUUUAAGAGGGUUCUUUGUUUUAAUCUGUGUUGGGAUUUUAGCUUCUCAACCAGGCAUGGUUUCUGGCCUCAGAAGCAAAGAUCUUGCUCUGAGAUGGGAUCAGAGGCAAUCACCACUUGCUCAAAUAGCUCGUGCUCUAAAGGCUGUUGCAAUGGAGGACUUGCAAUCACAGUUGGAUUUGGCACCUGCACCUUCACUAACAUUUGAUCCUAAUCAAUCAAACAAAAGGACAGUUCGAAAAGGGUCUGAUCCAAUUCACAAUCGAUGUUAA